AAAGAAGAGCGGCUGCCAUCCUGCUGGAAUAGGAAUGGAAAAGGUCAACCUCCCAGGGUAUUUCCUGGAAACUGCAGCUUUAUUUCCCCCAGCCCAUGCUUUUCUGCUCAACAUUCAACAUGAUAACUAAUUGUCUAAUGUAUGUGCUUAUCACGCCAACUCAUAGAAGGAAAAAAAUGAUAAUUAAAUCCAUGCCGCCCGAGAAUAAUAAUAAUGGAGUAAAGUUCAUGAUAUUAUUUAUGAAAAGUUGAACCACAAUCUUGUAAACUUUCAGUACUUUUUUCUGAUAAUAAUUAAGGGGAAAAAAAAUAAAGGAAAAGAACAGCAAGAACUAAAACAAUGAGAAUAAAACCUAGAAUUGGACAUAAUACAAAUUCAUUUUCUUGCUGCUUAAUUUCUAUAUCAAAUUUGGGAUUAUUCUGCUUCUUGAAAAUUGGUUUUUUCAUUUUCAUUUUCUUUUGAGCUCUUCAACCUUCUUUGGAUGUGUCUAACCUAAACUAAAAAAGAAAAAAUUGUAUUUUUUCAGGGGUCUGUGUCUUAUAGCCAUUUCUUUUUUCUGAAUAAUAGGAGGGGUGGCCUUCACGUAAACACCAAUACCAUGAAGGAUGAUAGUUGUUGACAUGCAACUUAGUAGUCCCCACGUCAAUCGAUAGUUCAAAAUUCCCCGGAUACGGAUCUCUAUAAAUACCACUCAAUCCUAAUAGCUCCCUACCCUAUACUAUUUCCACUCUAUCAAUCUCCAAAAGCCUCCCCAAGAAUAUGGCAAUCAACCAGCUCACUAUUGCCAUCUGCUUUCUCCUGCUGCUCCCGUUGGCCUUUCCUUCAAUAUCUGCCUAUGAAAAUGCCCCAACCAAACCAGCAGAGAAGGAAGUUGAUGUAGUUGUUGAAGGUAUGGUCUAUUGCCAAAGCUGUGACCACUAUGGUUCUUGGUCUUUUAAUGGGGCUGAGCCAAUCCCUUCUGCUAAAGUUAGUGUCAUUUGCAAAAACCACAAGAAACAAGUAAGUUAUUACAAGGCAUAUGAAACUAAUGAGCAUGGCUACUUCUUUGCACAACUUGAUGGCUUCAAGAUGGAGAACAACAUUUUAGACCAUCCUCUCCAAUCUUGCCAUGUGAAGCUUGUUUCAUCUCCUCUUGCAAAUUGCAGCCUACUCUCCAAUGUUAACUAUGGAAUCAAUGGCGCUCCACUUCGUUAUGAGAACAAGAUACUGCGAGGAAGUCAUUAUGAGGCUGUGAUCUAUGGUGCAGGCCCCUUGGCUUUCCGUCCAGCUAAUUGCUCUCCUGAAACUCGUGUCUAAUAUAAUCACAGUUCAUGUUUAACCUUUCUUUCAUCUUCUUUUGAUUUCUUUUUAUUCUCUUUUGUUGGUCCUAACUUUGUUUGUUUCUUGAAUGAGUUGAAUUCUGUUGCAAUGGAAUGUUGUAUUUUAAUACUGUGAGUGGCAUAAGCCCCAUGAUCUUCUUCUGUAAUUGGUGCUUUUUCCUGCUUCUUAGUCUCUUGGUCCUUACAAAAUCUAUUGGCUUGCCAAACAUGUUAUUUAUAACAUCCAUAACCUCCUUCAAGUUAAUUUUUUGGUCUGCCAAGCCAUGGUGCCAAACAUUCUCCACUGCUGGCUCAUCCAAGAUGAUAUACCCAAUAAAACUAUG